AAAUCGAGCCCAGUCAGGUAACUCUGAAAAGGUACUCUGCGAAAAGGCACGUCCCUGAGGACGGAGAGCAGCCUGUCUCCGUGAGAGAUGAUACCAGACAGAAUUAACGUAAAAUCACAAAACGGGUGAGAGGAUACUACAGACAUCACCAAACAAAUGUGGACAGAGUCCUAACAAAACAGGAGAGCCAUGGUUCCCUUUCAAUGGCCGUGUGAUCACUCCACGCCUCGUCACAGCUUUGUCUCCGUUAUUCCUCCGCGCAUUGCAGAAGGAUAGCACGUGUCGGAGCUGCCAGUGGACCAGACCGUGAAUUGAACGUUUUCACAAAGGAUAGGCUCUGUGGUUCGUUAAGACUUUCCCACAUGAUUAUCUGGAUGAUUUCUCCGCACUUUUCAAAUGACUGACAACCACUUCAUCUGUUCCUAAAAUAUUUCGUUUUAUACCAUUGCUCAAAGGAUCAGCUUGACAUACUUUGAAGGUUUUGCUGUGUAAUUUCCAAACGCAUUUAAACAGGAUCGCAUGUCCUUCCUCUGACGAGUCAUUGAGUCAGUUUAGGGAUUUCGCCACUGAUUCUGGUUGCCAAAUCGUUCCUCUGCGUUUUCCCAGGAAAGAUUACAUUCUUUGAACUUAUAAUCAACCUGCUAGCUUAUCGUCAAGAUGACUGGGUUACGCCAUUCUGGCAUAGCGUGGAUCUUCUGCAUAAUUAUCUCGUCAGAUCUGUUCAGUGGUACCUUGGGCACGUUUCCGUUAAAGUCCAGUUCCUUCCAGGGUCAGCUUCGGCCAGAGAUGACCGUGACGGACAAUGACGGAUCUACUAUACGCGUGGUCAGUAAGAUCGCCAACAUGGCCGACGACUUACCACCAAAGAAGAGGAUGAAGAAAAAGAAACUGCUUAAGCGGCUGGGUGAAUACUUUGAUCCAGAGUGGAUGUCUGUGAACCAGCCGGAAGACGCCCUCCACCGGGUCGCUUCCGUAAAUCUCAGCGCAGACUCUAAUCUGGUACGAGAGAUGUCCAAGGUAAAUCUGACAUUGACCCAUGCCAAUGGGAGUGUGAUGUCUGUCGAUGCAGGCCUCAUGGAAGCCGUGAGGAGCUGGCUGAUCCAUCGAGCUUCCUGCCCCAUCCAUUACGUCUGGGUGGAUCAAGGAGAACGCUGGUGGCCGCGAUGGCUGCGCACUGGGGUUUGUGUGGAUGACACGCCCUGCUCCUGGCCUCCCGGCAUGCACUGUGUUCCGGCCGAGAAUACAGUCAUUCACUUGCUCCGGUGGCACUGCAAAACCCGGAUGUACCCGAAGAAAGCAUGGAAGAAACGUUUCAGACUUGGUGGAGACGAUCAAACCGUAGGCACCAGAAAUUACCUGAAGCUGAAAAAAGACAGGACAAAACUCGAACCUGAACAGCCCAGCAACUCUCAAACUGACGAGUUGGUGAGACUUUUGCAAUCGAGGAGACCAAAGUUUCGUAAAAACUAAAAGGAAAUGCAAAUGGAUCCGGGUUCCUUACCCAGUGACAUCAGCCUGUUUUUGUACAUGUUAAAUUGCCUUCUAAAGUUUCUGGUCUGUGGAUGGGACAGAUGAACGAACUGCAUAAGGCCCAUGCCUCACAAGACUGCAGUUAACUGCCUGCCAUUUCAUUGCGUUCGUGCUACUGAUUGUUCGAAAAUGUUGAGCCCGUUUUCAAAUUGUGACUAUUUCACAGUUGCCGAGACAUUGUUUGUCAUUUAUUGUUACAUAGUUUUACUUGUUAUUUCUUUACGUCUUCAAGACUUUUGACGAGCUUGAAAGAUUUAAUUAUUUCCUGACAGUUUGUCAUUCAAGAUUGUUUAAAUUGUCACACAAGUUUAAUUGGCAGCUGAUCUGGCUUCGAGCAAUGGUGAAUUCACAUGAUGAGUAUAUUUGGUAGUCUCACACAAUCACUGUUCGUGUGUUUUUCACAUGACGACUGCUUACCCUGAUUCACAUGACGACUGCUUACCCUGAUUCACAUGACGACUGCUUACCCUGAUUCACAUGACGACUGCUUACCCUGAUUCACAUGACGACUGCUUACACUGAUUCACAUGACGACUGCUUACACUGAUUCACAUGACUGCUUACACUGAAUCACAUGACGACUGCUUACACUGGUUCACAUGACGAGUGCUUACACUGAUUCACAUGACGACUGCUUACACUGAUUCACAUGACGACUGCUUACACUGAUUCACAUGACGACUGCUUAUACUGAAUCACAUGACGACUGCUUACACUGAUUCACAUGACGAGUGCUUACACUGAUUCCCAUGACGACUGCUUACACUGAUUCACAUGACGACUGCUUACACUGAUUAACAUGACGACUGCUUACACUGAAUCACAUGACGACUGCUUACACUGAUUCACAUGACGACUGCUUACACUGAUUCACAUGACGACUGCUUACCCUGAUUCAAAUGAUGACUGCUUAUACGUGUCUUCACAAAAUCACUGCUUCCCUCCUUGCACACUUUGAAAUUCAACACCGUUUCACAGCCUGGUUUGAACGUCCAGGUCGACUAACUUGGAAGACUGAUACAUGCAGGUUGUUGUUAUAGUUUGUAUAUACAUGCAGAGACCUUGUGAGGAAAGGCUUCAAAACGAACAUCAUCACCUACACGGAUAAUUGAUAGCGACAAUGUGAGCGAUCAGAUUACAGCUUUAGUGUAAAAAUACAAUUCAAGCUGACACUUUGUUUAUUUGGUUUUAAGACGUGUUAAAUAUUACACCACUCUGUGAGAUUGUUGACAACACCACUGACUCCGCGCAUUGACUCGACAGGAAUGAGACCCAAAUAAACUGGGUCCGGGAUACUACUGCUUGGAGGAUAGCACUGAAAUGAGACCGGGAGAAUUCGUAUCCUUAAAAUUUGUGAACCAACCCAAAACUCCAGUAAGCCUAUCAACUGACAUUUUUCAGCGCUUAUAGUGCAAUGAGUAGUCCAUAUAUUCGCUGUGGUAUACCGGUAUAUUACCUAUGAGCCUAGCCACAUGAAGCCUAUUGCUUACCAUGUUAGACUGAGUCAGCGCAGGAACAAACAGUAAAUGGAGGUAAAUACAUAGAUGAAAGAGAUUUUAGCACAGCUACAAGUAUCGUCUAUGUUCAUAAUGCUCUGGUAGUACUGUCAAUAGAAUUUAUUUUUAUUACAGCACGGCUAUGUGAAUAUUGAUAAUGAACCUUUUCCGCCAACCCAAAGUGAUUCUGGCUAAAUCUUUGUAGUCUUUUGCUCAUUCCUAUCAAGGCGCUGACGAUUUGUGGUCAAACUGGUAACGUAGUUCUUAUGUAUUACAAGACACAAUUAUCAGCCCAGCUUGGACCCGAGUCGCCACUGCGGUAACGGGAACGUAUUGUAAAACUUUUGCCCAGUAGUGGUUAAUGGUCUGAUCAUCAUACCGGUACCUUAAACGGUAGCGCAUUGUAAGGCAUGUGCCCAGCAGUGCUUAACGGUUUGAUCGUCCUACCGGUACAUUAACGGUAACGCAUUGUGAAGCCUGUGCCCAGCAAGUGCUUAAUGGUUUGUUUUGGCAUACCCUAAACUGUAAACUCGUGGAUAUUAUAGUCUUUGUGGUCACUUUUUCCACAGAUAAGUAUUUGUACAAAUCACUUGACCACAAACAUUUGAAAAGCCCGUAUAUUGCCUUUUUAUUUACUCAACGGUUUCUUCCUGCCAGUAUACAAUCGGGUCAGUAGCAUGCAUGGGGCCUGUUCUUGCAUCUUAACAUGACAAGUUUACGCACGAAGAUUGGAAGCUCCAAUUAUAUUUUUUGGACGUCUAAGUAAUUAAGUUUAUAUAUAUAUAUAUAUGCUUAAUUUGUGGUUAUUAAAGAACGUCAUUAGAUA